AUGGCAUUGCAAUACACACUAGUCUUCUCCCUGUUGAUGGUGGAAAUGGCCCUGUUUGCCAUCAUAUCUCUUCCCCUUCCACCAAAGGUGAGAAAGCCACUUCUCAACUCAAUAAACAUCCCAUUCCACUCCGAAAAAUUCCAGAUAUUCUUCAAAUGUGUCAUUGGAUUCAUUGGUGUGUUGUUCGUGGACUCCUUGCAUCGAAUGAACAAGGUGACGAACGAGUUGUACAACAUGGAUAAUGGUGGCUUUGUCCCCGAACAUUCUGGAAUGCCUCCACCACCUCAAGGCAAUCCGGGCAUCGCCAGCGGCUCAACAAGAGCAGAGAUCCAGAGCAGGAGAUUCUAUGCUCAGAGAAACGUGUAUUUGUGCGGGCUCACGUUGUUUUUCUCGCUCGUUGUUAAGAGAACUUACGAUUUGGUGUAUGAUCUUCUGAAUGUAAAGGAGGAGCUUGCCAGGCAGCAGAAGGGUGCAAAGUUGGACAAACUCAGUACUGUGGAUGAGAAGAACGCCAAGGAUGUGAGGCAAAAGAUCAAGGACAGCGAAAAGGAGAUGAAGAGGCUUAAGAAACAGGCCGAGGCAUUAUCAAAGGACUACGAGUCUUUGGAUAAGAAGGCUAAUUGA